CUGUAAAUUGAGGAACAGCAGCUGUCCUGAUUUGUAGCCACAGUGCUCUCUUCAUCAAGUACCAAAAAAGCCAGACUGUGCUUUUGCUCGGCCCCGUGCCUAAGGCAAAUGGAGGGUCUCCCGUGGAAGCUCGCAGUGGGGCAGGGAGCCAGCUCCAUUCUCCGCUCGCUCCCCUCGGGCGGGCCGAGGGUGUCUGGCGCCCUAGGCGCUGGAAAAGGCAGCUGGGGGGGGCGGGCCAGCCGGUCCGGCUGCCCUCCCUGCUGUGACGUCCGGGAGGGGGGGCGGGGGGCGACAGGCUGGCUCCCCGCCCUCCCGGCCUCCUCCGGGUGUCAGGUCGGUGGGUCCUCUGGAGAUGCUCCCUCCGCCUUUGCAGUCGUGGUGCAAGAGGGUGCCGGACCGCCUGCUCCACCGCGGAAGCGCCGGGGUGUCCGAGGGCGCGCCCACCCGAGCCGGGCCAUGCAGCUGGGAGCGGCUCUGCGGGCCGUGGUGCUGGCCGCGCUACUGGCGGGGCCCCGGGGCGCGGCCGGUCGUCUGCUGAGCGCAGUCCCGGACUUGGACCUCAGAGGAGGGCAGCUGGUCUGUCGGGGAGGAACACAGAGGCCUUGUUAUAAAGUCAUUUACUUCCAUGAUGCUUUUCGAAGGCUGAAUUUUGAGGAAGCCAGAGAAACCUGCAGGAGAGAUGGGGGCCACCUAGUCAGCAUCGAGUCUGAAGCUGAACAGAGAAUGAUAGAAAAUUUAAUUGGAAACCUCCUGGCUUCCGAUGGCGAUUUCUGGAUUGGACUCAGGAGGCAUGAAGAGAAACGAAACAACAGCACAGCCUGCCAGGACCUGUAUGCUUGGACUGAUGGCAGCACAGCAGCAUUCAGGAACUGGUAUGUGGAUGAGCCUUCCUGUGGCAGUGAGGUCUGUGUGGUCAUGUACCAUCAGCCAUCAGCAACCCCGGGUAUCGGGGGCCCCUACAUGUUUCAGUGGAAUGAUGACCGAUGCAACAUGAAGAACAACUUCAUUUGCAAAUAUUCUGAUGAGAAACCAACACCCACUUCGACAAGGCCUGAAGGUACAAGAACUGAGUCAACAACAUCCAUACUUCCAGAAGACACAGAGAAAGAAGAUGCCAAAGAAACAUUUAAAGACAAUAAAGAAGCUGCCUUGAAUCUUGCCUACAUCCUACUUCCCAGCAUUCCCCUUUUCCUCCUCCUGGUGGUCACCACCGUUCUAUGCUGGGUUUGGAUUUGUAGAAGGAGGAGACAGGAGCAGUCCAGCCCCGGCCUGAAGGAGCCACACCCUACCUGGCCCUGCCCUCAGCAAGGGAGCAGCCCUAACCUGGAGAUUUACAAUGUCAUACGGAAACAGAGUGAGGCUGACUUGACUGAAACUCGGCCAGACUCAAAGAACAUUUCAUUUCGCGUGUGCUCAGGAGAAGCCACCCCUGAUGACAUGUCUUGUGACUAUGACAAUAUGGCUGUGAACCCAUCUGAGAGUGGAUUCGUGACUCUGGAGAGCAUGGAGAGUGGCUUUGUGACCAAUGACAUUUAUGAGUUCUCCCCAGAACGACUAGGGAGGAGCAAGGAGUCUGGAUGGGUGGAAAAUGAAAUCUAUGGUUAUUAGGGUGCACGGAGAGGAGCUUGAACUGACAAGGAGAGAAAGAAUCAGAAUUCUCUUGUUUCCCAGAAAGAACAUAUUCUCAAGGUCUACAGAAAUGCUGAGACCAGACCCCAGGGAAAAGCAUGUGGCCCCCAUUAGCCCCUGCUGGAUCUCCAAGUUUAUACUGUAACCCUUAUUUCAGUCUCUCCCAAGCCUGACCUUCUGAGGAAGCACUUUAUUUAAGGCCCAUCAUGGGUAGAAAAAUAAAUGUCACUUGAUUUGUUA